AUGGACUGUCGUUCGAUAAAAUUGCUGGAUCGUCUCACGGCGUCCGCUCACGAUCUUUCCUCCAAAACGAAGCAGAAAUGCGUCCCGCUCCAGGCCGACGUCCGGAGUCCUGAACAGCUGAAGGAAGCUGUGAAGAAGUGCGUGGAGGAGUUCGGACAUAUCGACUUCGUCAUCUGCGGUGCCGCCGGAAACUUCCUUGCGCCUAUCGAAGGGCUGUCAGAAAACGCCUUCCGUACUGUGAUCGAGAUCGAUACGCUGGGAACAUAUCACACCAUCAAAGCUACCUUGCCUUACGUCCGCGCCUCGCAUGGGUCGUACAUUCACGUCAGCGCGACGCUCCACUACAAUGGGACACCCUACCAGGUGCACGUCUCCGCUGCUAAAGCCGCGGUGGACGCUACGUCAGCGGUGCUCGCCGUGGAAGAAGGUCCGCGCGGCGUCCGUUCGAACGUUAUCGCACCCGGACCCAUCGCGGGAACCGAGGGCAUGGACAGGCUGUCCGCAAGGGAAAAGGCAAGCGCUGGGCAACCGCAGGCGCCGCGCGCCAUGCCGUUAACGCGCAUGGGGGACAUCAGGGAUAUCGCCAACGCCGCGGUGUGGUUGUUCAGCGAUGCCGCGUCUUUCGUUACCGGACAGGUCAUUGUGGUUGACGGAGGCUCGGAGCACCUGCGUACGACGGUGCUGCCUUACCCGGAAAGCGUCCUCGAUCCGGAGAGCGCAAAGAAAAUGAUCAAGGCGAGGAUGUGAGUCUCCGGGGUCAUGUCCCAUGCCAGAUACCUCGAGGUCAGCAAGAUGCCCUUAUUCGUCUUGGGCGCACGGGCAUGCCAUAUGUACAAUCGCGCUAAAUGGCACUGCAAACAGCCAUGGUCACUCCACAACUGCAUCGUCUUGUUACCCAUAACGACCACGUACAUAGCACGACGGGUUGUCUUUCCGUAUUAUUCUACUUCAC